AUGGGUUCGUUACAACAAGCAGCCAGGCCGUUUCCGCCCGGCAUCCAUGUGCCCAGUCUCACCUGGUUCACCAACGACGACUCUCAAGAAAUAGACUGGGAUUUACAAGAAAGACACCUGGACUUUGUCAUCCGCUCUGGCCUUCAUGGCAUUGUCAUCGCCGGCACCAACGGCGAAGCCGUGACGUUGACUCAAGAUGAAAAGCUCAAGCUCAUCAAGUUAACACGCCGCGUUGCUACUGAAGUUGGAAGGCCGGACGUUCCAAUCACUGUCGGAUGCUCUGGACAAUGCACACGAGACGUCAUUGCCGAAACGAAACUCGCCAAGGAAGCGGGCGCAGAUUUCAUAUUGAUGCUUGUGCCCAGCUAUUUUCAUUUCGCAAUGACCAAGGACGCUAUAGUCGCAUUCUUUGAAGAGGCAGCUGAUGCGAGUCCGCUACCCGUCGUGAUAUACAACUAUCCCAAUGUCGUCGCCGGACUCGACGUUGACUCGGAAAUGCUCCAUCGCUUGGCGAAGCACCCGAAUAUCGUCGGCGUGAAGCUGACAUGCGGCGGCAUUGCCAAGGUAUCCCGGAUUGCCGCCUCAUACACUCCCAAUGAGUUCAGCGCUCUUGCUGGCCAGAGUGACUGGUUGGUACCAGCCCUCUCAGUCGGGGGCACUGGUGCCAUUACCGGCAUCGCCAACCUGUACCCCAAGACAUGUAUACGAAUCUACGACCUCUUCGUCGCGGGCAAGGUGAAAGAGGCUACAGCACUGCAGCUUGAGCUCGCAAAGAUGGAAUGGGGCUUUGCCAAGGGCGGCAUCAACGGGACGAAAUGGGUAGUUGCAAAGCUGCGUGGCUAUGAGGAAGAGAGCUGCCACUGUCGUCGGCCGUACCCCAAGUUUGAGAACAGCGAGCAGCAGAAAUGGAUUGUUGGAGUGGUUGGAGCUCUGGCACCAACAGAGAAAGGCAUUGCGGUGGAGACUAUAUGA